AUGGCCAGUCAGACCAUCUACGAGGAUAAUCCCUUUGAAUUGUUGAUCAGUGAGGCCAAUGAUGAUCCCGCUCAAAUCCAAAAACAAUACGAAAGCCAUCGCGUCAAUCGCAAUGCGCAGCAAAAGGCAAAGAUCCUUGCGGACGACUUUCCGGGUUGGUCUCUAGAUGAGGUUCUGCGUCGGCUGGAUGGCUCCGCCAAAGAAGAGGGAUACGUCGAUCCCCGCAAUUGUCUUGUCUUUUGGGCCCGGCCACCACCGCAUAUUCGAGAGGUGGUUGCUUUUGUACAGAAGGAGUUGAGAGAAGUUGCUCCCGCUCUCUGGCUCAUGCCUCUCGCCAAUCUCCACACGACGGUGCUGGAAGUCGCCCACUCGUUGACCGAGUCUGAGAUCCAGGCCCUUGUGGACACUUUGAGCUCUUCAAAGGGUGUCUCGAAGGAAUCUAUCUCUGCAUAUCCUACACAGCAUCGAACCAGGCUGUUUAAGCCGAUGGUCAGCUUUGACGCGUCGGCUCUUGCGCUCAGUUUUGCCCCGACAGGAGGUCUGACGACAGAGGCUGCGAAUGCAGUUGGUGGUGACUCUGUGAACGACGACCGGGAGGACCGGUAUACAUACCACCACCUCCGGAGAGAUGUAUUCGAUUUAGUUCGUCAAACCGGUCUCCCCGUGGCUUCACGGUAUAUCGCACCUUCGGCCCACGUGACGGUUGCGCGCUUCAUUACCCACGAUGGUUUCCAAAUUGAUGGAAAUGAUGACGAGAAACAGGUGGAUACGUUGCGGGUCAAGAUGUUGAUGGAUAAGAUUGACGCUGUCAAUGAAGUCUUGAAAAGCAAAUACUGGCCACAAGAUGAUGGCCAACUCCCCAAGGAGGGAGAAUGGAUUGUGGGCCAGGAUCAGGGACUCGUGGUCCGACGUGGUCGUGUUUGUUUCACAAAGCUCUUCGGCGCGCCCUUCCCGAUGUCCCUCUUCGGCAGCGUGGGCGCCACCACGACGACCACGUCGGCAGGCCAGACCAACACGACCGGAGAUAUCUCCAAAGAUGUCCCUCUCAACCAGCCUCCAGAGGAUAGUAUCUCAGAUCUUCGUUUCUCUCCGGCGAGUGAGCAUUUAGCUGUCGCAUCCUGGGAUAAGAAAGUCCGCAUCUACGAAAUCAACGAACAAGGCCAGAGCGAGGGGAAGGCACUUUUUGAACAUGAGGCUCCUGUCUUGAGCUGUUGUUGGUCUCCGGAUGGAAGUAAAGUCGUUGGCGCUGGUGCAGACAAAGCUGCACGAAUGUUAGAUCUUCAAUCGGGUGCCACCACCGCUACCCAAGUCGCCGCUCACGAUGCGCCAAUUCGAAGCUGUCACAUGGUCACUCACAGCAAUGCGCCGCUUCUGAUUACCGGUUCAUGGGAUAAGACAGUCAAGUACUGGGAUCUGCGACAACAAGCGCCCAUCGCGUCGGUGGAGUGUCAGGAACGAGUGUACACCAUGGACGUGAAGAACAAGCUGCUCGUGAUCGGAACCGCCGAUCGGUACAUCAACGUGAUCAACCUUGACCAGCCUACCAAAUUCUACAAGACCAUGCAAUCCCCUCUCAAGUGGCAGACGCGGGUAGUCAGCUGCUUCGCCGAUGCCUCCGGGUUUGCUGUCGGCAGUAUCGAAGGUCGUUGCGCCAUUCAGUACGUCGAGGAGAAAGACUCCGCCUCCAACUUCUCUUUCAAGUGUCAUCGUGAAAACCCCCCCGCCAACCGGGACGUCUGCAACAUUUACUCCGUCAACUCGAUCCAAUUCCACCCUGUGCACGGCACAUUCAGCACCGCGGGAAGUGACGGCACAUUCCACUUCUGGGAUAAGGAUGCCAAGCAUCGUUUGAAGGGCUACCCGGCCGUCGGCGGACCCAUCUCCAGUACUGCCUUCAACCGCAAUGGAAACAUCUUCGCCUACGCGGUCAGCUACGACUGGAGCAAGGGAUACUCUGCGAAUACCCAACAAACACCCAACAAGGUGAUGCUGCACCCCGUGGGUCCCGAUGAGUGCAAACCCCGACCUGGUACCCGCAAGCGGUAG